AUGUCUGAUAUUAAUAAACAAAUGAAUAAUUUGAGUGUUAACAAUGGUGCUAACACAGUAAAUAACAACAACAACAACGGUUUAAGAGGCGGUCGUUCCCAAUAUGUCCCACCUCAUUUAAGAAACAGACAAGGUGGUGGUAAUCAAUCAGGUUCCUCAUCAGAAUCAUCAGAUGUUCCAUUUGGAGGUUCUCAACGUGGUGGAUUCAACUCAAAUGGUUUCAACAGCAGAGGUGGAUUCAACAAUGGUGGCUACAACAACAAUAGGGGUGGCUACAACAAUGGUGGUUUCAAUAACAGAGGCAACUUCAAUCAAUCUUUUGGUGGCAGAGGCGGUAGAGGUGGUUUUAACAAUGGUGGUGGUAGAUACCAAAGACCAACUCCAGGUGUCGGUAAAUGGAUUGACGGUAAGCACGAACCAGCUCCUCGUAAUGAAAAAUUAGAAUUGGAAUUAUUUGGUACUGUUGAUGAUUCUCAUUUCCAAUCCUCUGGUAUCAACUUUGAUAAUUACGAUGAUAUCCCGGUUGAAGCUACCGGUGACAAUGUUCCAGAAGCUAUUACUUCCUUCACUGCGCCACCAUUGGACGAAUUGUUGGUUGAAAAUAUUCAGUUGUCUAGAUUCACUAAACCAACCCCAGUUCAAAAGUAUUCCGUUCCAAUUGUUGCAGCUGGUAGAGAUUUGAUGGCUUGUGCCCAAACCGGGUCCGGUAAGACCGGUGGGUUCCUUUUCCCAGUUUUAUCUGAAUCUUACAUGAAGGGACCAGCUCCAGUUCCUGAAUCAAACGGUGCCUUUUCAUCGCAUAAAGUUUACCCAACCACUCUUGUUAUGGCACCAACUAGAGAAUUAGUUUCCCAAAUUUAUGAAGAAAGUAAAAAAUUUAGUUACAGAUCAUGGGUUCGUGCUUGUGUCGUUUAUGGUGGUGCCGAUAUUGGCCAACAGAUGAGAAACAUGGACAGAGGUUGCGACUUGUUAGUUGCCACACCAGGUCGUCUUAAGGAUUUAUUGGAUAGAGGCAAAGUUUCUUUAGCCAAUAUUAGAUACUUGGUUUUGGAUGAAGCUGAUAGAAUGUUAGAUAUGGGGUUUGAACCACAAAUUAGAUACAUUGUCGAUGAGUGUGACAUGCCUGCUGUCAAGGAUAGACAAACUUUGAUGUUUUCUGCUACUUUCCCAAGAGACAUUCAAAUGUUGGCCCGUGAUUUCUUAAAAGAUUAUAUUUUCCUUUCUGUCGGUAGAGUUGGUUCUACUUCAGAAAAUAUCACCCAGAAAAUCUUGUACGUUGAAGAUGAUGAAAAGAAGUCAGUUAUCUUGGACUUGUUAUCAGCCAAUGAAAAUGGAUUAACUAUUGUUUUCACCGAAACCAAGAGAAUGGCCGACAACUUGGCCGACUACUUGUACGAUCAAGGGUUCCCAGCUACUGCUAUUCACGGUGACAGAUCUCAAUACGAAAGAGAAAAAGCUCUUGCUGCAUUCAAGAAUGGUGCUGCUCCUAUUUUGGUUGCCACUGCCGUUGCUGCCAGAGGUUUGGAUAUCCCUAAUGUUUCCCAUGUUAUCAACUAUGAUUUACCUAGUGAUAUCGAUGACUAUGUUCAUAGAAUUGGUCGUACUGGUCGUGCCGGUAACGUUGGUAUUGCCACUGCCUUUUUCAACAGAAACAACAAGAAUAUUGUCAAAGGUUUAGUUGAAUUAUUAUCUGAAGCCAAUCAAGAAGUCCCAGACUUUUUAACUAAAGUUGCCAGAGAAGGAGCUUUUGGUAAGAUGGGUCGUGGCGGUCGUGGCGGUUCAAGCCGUGGUCCAUCUAGAGAUUUCAGAAGAAGUGGAAAUUCCGGAUGGGGCAACUCUGGUAACAGUGGCUGGGGUAACUCCGGUAACAGUGGUUGGGGUGGUAAUUCAUCUUUUUCCAACACUAACAGCAAUGGUGGCGGAUACCAUAGCAAUAACCAACGCUCUAACUUUAACAGCAGUGGCAGUUACGGUAAUCAAACUGGUGCCAACUCCUGGUGGUAA